AAAAGGACACGAGGGAUAAAGAAGAGCAUUGGCCAUCUGUGCGGAAGGGGGGAAGUGUGUGUGUGUGUGUUAAAAGAUUGUUUAAGAUGAUAAACGACGCCAUCCCGCCGACGGCUAGGUAAAAAGUUGGAAUAAAAAACAUUUUCUCGAUCCGUUCCAUCACAGAAAGAGAUUUUUUUCUUUCUACAUAGAGUCGGCCACUUCACGCUCGGGUGAGCAAUAGUUCGUCGGGAUACACACACACACACACACACACAGUGGAGAGAAAAGAAAAGAAAAUAAACCGCUGGCACAGGUGCGCUGCACCGCCUCUCCCGCUGCUGCUCUCUGGUCCUCGGCACUCACUCGGCAGCCCCAGUGUAGAAGUAGAAAGGUGCGCUGGCUUGCGUGUACCAGUUGGUUUCCUGGUCGUCGGCAGUCAACAACAACAAUCCGCUGGCUCUCUCUCUCUCUCUCUCCAAAAUCAGUUCAACAACAACAACAACACCAACUGUCAUCGUAUACAAUAAUCCAAAGAGAGUGUCACUUUCAGGAGCAUUCGGUGCACAUUUUCACAUUUUUUGAAAACUUUAGUGGUCCCGGACUUUUGACGUUUGUGAGGACUAGAAAGAGAAGAGGAAAUAGAAAGAAAAAGAAGAUGCGCUGGUGUUUGUUUUUGGGCCUUGUGGCCCUGACUGUGUCCACUUCCAAUGUCCACCAGGAUCCCAACCACCAAUCUGAACCUUUGUUGAACACGACCCUGUUUGCCGAAGCCCCGCUAGAAGAUGCCCACCAGCUGGACGAGGUGGAAGCGACGACCGACGAUGAGGAUCACCUGCCCUUUGAAGACGACGAGUACCUGGACGACGAGAGUGAAUUCCUGCCCGAUCCGGAAGCGUUGACAGACGAUGGUGGAGAAGGAGAAGAAGAAGAAGUGGUCGUCCUGGAUGCCGAGACGAGGAUCGUGGCCGAGCAACUGAUCCAGGAGCUGGAUCACAUCAGCAACAAGUUGCAGGACGACGAAGAAACGGUCGGCACGUCGCGGGCCAUCAGCUCCGCCGAAGUCAAGAAGCUGGAAAGACUUUUGGAAACGGCUGGACUCUCUCCCAACUCUCCUCUCCUUCAGAAUUUGAUGCACCAGAAACAGGAGGCCAUUCCGGCUUCCGUUCUGGGACCCAACAUGGCCGGGAUGGCCGGUCUCAGCAGUCUGUUGGGCGGAACAGCUCCGAUCGGUUCCGGAUCUCUGGCCUCGGCUUCCAGUGAAGUUCCCCGAUCGUCGGCCAUAGUUCCAGGUUCCAUGACCAAGAAAAACGUCGAAGAAAUCAAAUACGAACUCAAACAUAUGCUCUUCGGCCCAGAGAAUCCGAACCAGCGGAGGCGUCAGGGCAGUUCUAGACGUCCGUCCGUCACCCACACUCAGUCCCAUUACACGGACACAGCUGCUCGGCGACCUAUUAACACGGCCAGCAAUGUCCGCUCCCGGCCGCAAUCGAAAUCCGGCAGCACUAAGGGCAAGCGGACGAGGCGUCCAGGUGCCAAUCGAAAAGCUCAAAACCGCCAACAGACACCUGGCGGCUUGACGAAUGCUCAGCAGCGUCCGAUCCCGCUCUUCCUCAGGCCACCUCGUCCAUCACGACCGGGACAACUUGGAGCUCACGUCAAAACGGUACCGUCUGGACCUGCUCCACCACCACCCGCAGGCCGGCCACUUCAUAACGAAAUCGCUCGCCAGCCCAUCAGCGAAUUCCGGGCGCAGGCCUCCGAUUUCCGUCUGCCGGAGCCUCCGUUCCGUCAGGAACUUGCCUUCUCGACACCGUCCAUACGGGGCAACGCUAACGGAAAUAAACCCAACAUUCCGGCCGGGACUCGGGGUCAAAUUUUGCCACCGCUUUCAUCGAGAGAACAAGCGAAUAGAGGUCCACCGCCGUUGCCGAGACCCACCGAGGAACAAUUCCGUCCGUCUUUAAUUGGCCGGCCCAUCAAUAACCAACAAUCGCAACCCACACAGUUCGUUCAACCGCCUCCCAUCAAUUCCCGCCAGCCGCCCAAACAGAAUGUUCCGCCUCAACAGAGGCAGCCGAUCGCUACGAGUGCUGGACUGCCGAUCCGGCCUUCAUUAGGACGGCCCAUCACGACUGGGAACCCGGCAACUACUAAUUUCAACCCGGCUCCUGCCAACUUCCCUCCCGUUCCGUCGACCGUGUCUCUGACCAACGCCCAACGUCCGAAAAUCGUCCAACCGGACUGCGAUCUCUUCUCGGAAGGCAUCUGCCUCGAUGUCCGCAACUAUCCGACUGAGCUGAUCACCAAUUAUCUCAACCGGAACAAGCCAGCGCUGGAAAAUAUGCUGGCCGAAGUUAGGAGCCAAAGUGCCGAUGAUUUAGUGGACGGUAUCACGUCAUCCGAAGAGCGACGAUACUCUUACAAUCACUACUACGGCAGCCGGAGACAAGGAGAAGACACUCACGCUCAUCGUGAUUUCGCCGAAGAAGGCGGAUUCCUCUGCCCGUCCGAAGUCAAAUACGGUCGACCGCAAUUGGCGCAGACCAGCCGUGGCGUCUGGAAAUAUAUCAUCAACAUGCCGGAGCACACGCAAACCAUACGGAUGGAACGAUGCCUGAAACCAGCCAGCGGUUGCAGUUAUGUUUCGCCUCAUUACAAAUCGCAUUGCAUCCAAGUCUACAAUUACCACCGGCUCUUAUCGUUCGAAGAACCCAAAGGGAUGCACGUCGAUAUUUAUAAGAUUCCCGUUGGAUGCAGCUGCCACGUCCAGGGCUAUGCUUACCUGUACCCUCCGCUGGACGGAAAAGUGGCAGGACACAUUAUUCCUCCGGCAUUCCCGACCGAAAAUGGCAACGUCAUCGGUCCCAACCGUAAGACUUCUCCACCAGGAACGACCGAAGAAGCUCCUACCAUUCAAAAACACGAAGUGCGUGUGAGACCCGAAUCCCGUGACAGGCCGGAAGUCCGACAUCCCGAAACUCAGGCACCGCAAAGACCCGACAAUAAUCGCGAGAGACCCGAAAUUAACCGACCUGACAACCGAGAACGACCUGAAAUCCGUGAGCGACCGCAAUAUCAGGAUCGUCCCGAUAACCGAGAAAGACCUGAAAAUCCCGACGAUUACUUCCAAGUCCCGACUGGCAUGAAAGAUUUCUCCUCUUUCAUGGACCAGCAAUUCAGCGGACAUUUCGGUCCCUUCGGGGCGGGAGGAGCCAGAAGUGCAGGAUCAGAGCCGACAAAUCGCAGAGAAGAUGAUUACGAAAUGACCGAUGACGACAGAAUGGACUUGCAUCCGAUGGAAUCCAAUCCGCAAUUCGACGACAAUUCCCGGAGGCGGCCGAUAGUAGCCGCCCAAUCGAAAACCAACUACGAUUACCAUCCAAUCAUCGAUUUCUUCCACGACAAGCCCUAGUCGUCACCAGCCCAUGGGUUUAUUAUCAAUGGGGAGGGAAAUAAUCGGGGAAUGACAAUUUCACACAUUUCGUUGUUUUUAAUUAAUCAUUCUUUUGUAUCAUCACCGUCUUAAUCACGAUUUUUUUAAUUAUUAUUAUUAAGUAAAACAAAACACGUUUCCAUUUUUGUUCAUGUCCCCAUUUUGUGUUGGGCAGGAUCCAGCAGAUAUUCCCAUUCAUUAUUCUUUCGCUGGGCGAAUGAUAUCAAGACCUGCACAUCCGUGUUACGUGUACACCUUUCCCGAAAAAAGAGAAAUGAGCCUAAUCCAGUGUAUAAUAGAUUUUACGGUCGUCAUAAAACAAACAAACAAAAAAACAGCUUUCCCCGUUUCAAAACGUUUGUGCAUUCAACUGCGUCCGAAAUUAUUAUUUUUUUUUCAUCAUAUUGUUUUAUUAUAUUAAUGUUUACCGCUAUAACUACAGUGCGUUUGUCAGGUGAAUUUAUACAGGCCUGCUUCAUUUUUUCUGUA